GAGAAGUAAAAUAGUGAACUGUCAAACGUUGUUAAAAAGAAAACAAACUGCAGCCGGAGUAAAGUAAAAAUAAAAGAUUUUUAUUUAAAUUCAACAUUUUUGGUGAAAAUUAUUGUGUUAAAUGGCUGGAGAAGUUACUGUAGAUGCUUUGCCUUAUAUAGAUCAGGGUUAUGAUGAUCCUGGUGUUAGAGAAUCGGCUCUGGCUAUGGUAGAAGAAUGUCGUCGCUACAGACCCACCAAAAACUAUUUAGAACAUUUACCUCCCCUCAGCUCGGCCGCUUUUGAGACAAAACUUAUGGCUCAAGAAUUUGAACGCAUACAGAAUCGUAUACCCAUGGAAACUCUAAGUAUGAAACGUUAUGAAUUGCCACCACCAGCUGCAGGACGUUUAUCUGAAGUUUCCGCCUGGGAAGAAUCCAUAGACAAUUCGAAAGCUCAACUGGAACAUCAAUGGGUUAGAACAAUGAAUCUGGAACUAAUGCUUGAUUAUGGUAUUGAGGCUUGGAAGGCCUAUUUAGAAGUAUUCGUAGCCUUACAAGCUAAAGCCCAAAAUCAAUUGCAGGCUUUGAAAAAAGAAAUACAAGACGUAAAUUGGCAAAGAAAACAGGCUCAAACACAAGCCGGAGAAAAACUGCGAACCCUCGAAGCCAAUUGGGUAUUGUUAGUGUCGAAAAACUAUGAAAUCGAACAGCAAUGCGUGGAACUGGAAAAACAAAUAUACACCUUGAGAGAACGCAUAGCAGAGAAUGAAAAGGCCAAACAAUUGGAAGAACAAAGCGAACAGCAAUUGAAUGGUUUUUCCAAUAAUGGGGAAGAUGGUAAUAGUAAUAGCAAUAGCAGCGAAACUAAUUCGGGAAAUAAUGAUAAUACUGCUGAAGAAGACAAGGAGAGACAGCCUCAAGAACAGGCCCAAGACGAGGAUCAGGAAAUGAGAUCAGUGGAGACUUAAUUUUUUAAUAUUUAAGAAUUAUUAGUUUAAUUUAAUGUUGCUAAAAUAUAUAAAUUUAAGAGAUGAUUU